CUGGAAUCACUACUAGUGGUAAAUCUAUAGUAUUUUAUAGUAUUUACCAUAAUAUAAUGCAUUGUGAAUACUAUAGGUAUUUCUACUAUUACAAUUAGUAGCAGUAUGAUAGCUGACACAUCUACUCUUAAUACUGGAAUCACUACUUAUAGUGCAUUUGUAAUUCCUUCUGAUACUAUGUCUGGACCUGAAUUAACAUCAAAAUCAAUACUUGCAUCAAUAUUAGUAUCAGAAUUAGAAUCAGUAUUUGCUACUUCAUCAAGUACACCUCUCUCUCCCACCUCUCUUUCAACAGCAUCAGCUAUAAUAAUUGGAGCGACACUGACAACAGCAUGUAUAGUGGCUAUCUUUAUAUUUUUGAUAAUAGUGGCAUAUAUUUGUGUGACAAAAAAGUCAUCAAGUGUUAAUAGACCAUCAGAUGAUAGCAACACUCAGCAAGGCACUACUGGAUCCAUCACAACAGAUGAUAGAUCACUACAAGAUAAUCCAGCAUAUGAAUCUGGUGUAAUUACUGCUGAUAAUCCAGCAUAUGAAUCUAAUAUUAUUUCCACAGAUGUUAAUAGACCAUCAGAUGAUAGCAACACUCAGCAAGGCACUACUGGAUCCAUCACAACAGAUGAUAGAUCACUACAAGAUAAUCCGGCAUAUGAAUCUGGUGUAAUUACUGCUGAUAAUCCAGCAUAUGAAUCUAAUAUUAUUUCCACAGAUAAUAAUCCAGCAUAUGAAUCUAACAUUAUUUCCACAGAUAAUAAUCCAGCAUACAAUGUCACCAAUAAUAGUCCAGAAGUAGAAGACAAUGCUGAAUACAUGUACAUAGAUUAAAGUUUAAAAGAUCAUGCCGAUGCAGUGUCAGAAUUAUAGUUAUUGUAAUUUUUGGGCUUUUGCAAUUUUUUAGUUGUGUUUACCAUGUUUUCUUUAAAAUGAUUCCAUGUAACAGUAAAAUGUAAAGUGUUUUUCAACUACAAAAUUAAAUAGAUCUAGCACUAGUAACAACCAACAUAUGAAUCUAUUUUCA